GCGCGCGUUCCUAGGGCGCCACCUCUUUGCGACUCGCUCACUUCUCCCGCAGGUUUGCCUGGGAGCGUGUGAACAUUCCUCUGCUCGGCUUUCAACUCUCCUCUAACCUGCGUCGCUUGGCCAGCAUGCCUCCCCGCCCGUGAAGCGGGGCCGCCGCCCCUCCGCGCCGCUAUUAGCCCGCCCUCGUUGCCACCUGGCCCUCCUGAUCGACGACACACGCACUUGAAACUUGUUCUCAGAGUGUGUGGAAUCAACUUUCCGGAAGCAACCAGCCCACCAGAGGAGGUAGACAGACAGCUAUGUGUAUAUAUGUGGGUCUCCCUGCAAGUGGCUCUGGAACGAGACGGCCUAGUUCGCAAAGAAGCUGACUUCGGAGGAGGAAACUUUCUUCUCUUUUUAGGAGGGGAUUAGCCCUGCUCCAGGAACCCAGGAAAACUGCCGUCCAGAUUAAUUAGACAUUGCUAUGGGAGACGUGUAAACACGUUCGCUGCUCAUCGUUGAUGCAUACAUAAAAUUAUUUCAUUUUGGUUAUUAUUUCGGAGGAAGAACCUCUGAUUUUGCCCCCCUUUUUGGUCUCUUUUUGCCCGUGUGGUUUGGCAAAAGCACAGUUGGAGUAGCUGGUUCCUAAAUAAGUCCUGAGAGCAAGAGGAAACGAUGCUGUGGAAGCUGGUACAGCAGUGGAGCGUCGCGGUGUUUCUGCUGAGCUACUCGGUGCCCUCCUGCGGGCGCUCGGUGGAGGAGCUGGGCCGCCGGCUCAAAAGAGCCGUGUCUGAACAUCAGCUCCUCCAUGACAAGGGGAAGUCCAUCCAAGACUUACGGCGACGUUUCUUCCUUCACAACCUGAUCGCAGAAAUCCACACAGCUGAAAUCAGAACUACCUCGGAGGUCUCCCCCAACUCCAAGCCCGCUCCCAACACAAAGAACCACCCCGUGCGAUUUGGAUCUGACGAUGAGGGCAGAUACCUAACUCAGGAAACCAACAAGGUGGAGACAUACAAAGAGCAGCCACUGAAGACACCUGGCAAGAAAAAGAAAGGCAAGCCUGGGAAACGCAAGGAGCAGGAAAAGAAGAAACGCCGGACUCGAUCGGCCUGGUUGAACUCAGGCAUGGCUGCGAGUGGGCCGGAAGGGGACCACCUGUCUGACAUCUCCACGACAUCGCUGGAAUUCAACUUCCGGUAACUGGCUUCCAGGCCCAGAGCCUCUCCUUGGUGCUCUCAGCAGGGGAGGCAUUGAAAUUUUUGCAAAGAACUUCAGAAGACAUAUUGCAGGAUUCUGUAAUAGUGAACAUAUGGAAAGUAUUAGAAAUAUUUAUUGUCUGUAAAUAUUGUAAAUGCAUUGGAAUAAAACUGACUCCCUCAUUGCUCUAUGAAACUGCACAUUGGUCAUUGUGAAUAUUUUUUCCAAGGCUAAUCCAGUUAUUAUUGUCACAUUUACCAUAAUUUAUUUUGUCAACUGAUGUAUUUAUUUUGUAAAUGUAUCUUGGUGCUGCUGAAUUUCUAUAUUUUUUGUAACAUAAUGCACUUUAGAUAUACAUAUCAAGUAUGUUGAUAAAUGACACAAUAAAGUGUCUCUAUUUUGUGGUUGAUUUUCAUGAAUGCCUAAAUAUAAUUAUCCUCUGCAUGU